ACCCCGAGGCGAGGAGGAGGUGAAAGCGGACCCGCGCAAUUCGCAUGCAUAUAUAAAGGACCCGGAGCAACUCUUCUCUCUCUCCUCUCCCCCAUCUCCUCCGCCUCCCCCAUCGAUCCUUAAGCUCGCCGCUGCCGAGUCAACCCCGCCGGAGUCAUCAUCAUGUCGGACGAGGAGCACCACUUCGAGUCCAAGGGCGACGCCGGAGCCUCCAAGACCUAUCCUCAGCAGGCCGGCGCCAUUCGCAAGAACGGCUACAUCGUCAUCAAAAACCGUCCCUGCAAGGUGGUUGAAGUCUCCACAUCCAAGACCGGCAAGCACGGUCAUGCUAAGUGCCACUUUGUUGGAAUUGAUAUCUUCAAUGGCAAGAAGCUUGAAGAUAUUGUUCCCUCAUCCCAUAACUGUGAUGUUCCCCAUGUCACUCGGACUGACUACCAGCUCAUUGAUAUCUCUGAGGAUGGAUUUGUGAGUCUGCUGACUGAGAAUGGUAACACCAAGGAUGACCUGAGGCUACCGACUGAUGAUAAUCUGCUGUCUCAGAUCAAGGAUGGUUUUGGCGAUGGAAAAGACCUGGUGGUGACUGUCAUGUCCUCCAUGGGAGAGGAACAGAUCUGUGCUCUCAAGGACAUUGGUCCCAAGUAGUAGCACCUCGAUCAUCGUUACAAUCAGCUAUCUUAUUUAUCUUUUAAGAUUUGGACUGUGUACGCUUAAUAGCUUUGCUUGCUAUUUAAGAUGAUAUAAAUAUGGGUGGGUGCUUUUUCGAUUUUCGGACUUGUAAUCGAGGUGAGGGCUAUAUGUCAAGACUUUACAACCCCAGGUAUUCCUUUAUCUUGUGGAUUGUUUCCUUAAUCCUUUGACACCUGCUCUUUAUUCUCGACA